UUCUCUGCUGAUAUCUCUAGCUGCACCAGUUCGCACUAUGCCACCCAGGCGGAAAGAGAGCAAACUAGCGAACCUGACUCGCAACCAGUUGCUCUACUUGAAAUCUACUCUCGUUCAGAAGCCGCCCUUCUGCCAAGGCACGCUUCAGUUGCCUGACAGCGACUUCACGCUCUUCUACGGCAAAGAAGGAAAUGCAAGUCGGAUCAACCUUUCCACGGCGCCCGUAGCCCAGCUGGAGCAUCUCGCAGAGGCUUGUGACCCAGCUACGUUUGGUGUCGGCGGAGAAGACGUUCACGACGAAACAUAUCGCAAAGCCGGCAAGCUCGACAAGAACGACUUCGCGAUCGGAUUCGACAUCAAUCGCUCGGACUUGAUCGAUGCCAUCCGCUCCGAAUUGCUGAUUGAGAACGACAGGGAGUCCGAUGGCGAGGGCAUCAGAACUGAGCUGUACAAGCUCAAUGUGUAUGGGAAGGGCGCAUUCUUCAAGCCGCACGUCGACACUCCCCGUAGUGAGCUCAUGUUUGGCUCUCUCGUCAUCGUCUUCCCGCCCUCCCACGAGGGAGGUGCUUUGAAGCUGCGCGCACAGGGGCACAAGGAGGGAGAGAUUCGUGAAUGGACGUUCGACUCGUCCGCGCUGCUCGCGCAGCAAACGCAUCCCUCCAUCGCCUAUAUCGCGUUCUUCAGCGACAUCGAGCACGAGGUGAUGCCCGUCACCUCUGGACAUCGCGUGACGAUCACCUACAAUCUCUACCACAGCAACGACAAGACUCUGGCAUCGUCGCUCCCCGUGCUCCGCCCGAUAUCCACCAACGAGCAGGCGUUCAGGGAUGCCUUGCGUGGUCUCAUCGACAGCCCGAUGUUCCUGCCCGAUGGGGGCAACCUAAUGUUUGGCCUCACCCAUCAAUACCCACUCGCGAAGUCCUAUGACAGCGCGGCUGAGGCCAAACAAGCUCUGAAGGACCUCGAACCUCGCCUCAAAGCGACUGAUGGCAUCAUCCUGAGGGUCUUGCGCGAGUGCUCCCUGGAUGCGUCUCUGAAAAUCGUCUACGAAGCCCGGGAGUCACAAUGGAGCCGCAUGAUGUCCUACGUGAUGUUCGACGGCGUGAUAGAGCUGCCUAGUGUUGACCACAUGAUCCGCGGGACUGCUCCGGAUUACCUCGAGUCAGAGGGCGGGCAGCACAUUGCAACAGCCGGAGUACGAGUGGACGACACCAGUCCGCGGACUCUACCCGUCCAUUGGGUGACUGACCACCCAUUGGUCCCGGUAAAACACUUUUUCAAGGAGACGAUUAAGGCGUACGGAAAUGAGCCAACUCUCGAAGUAGUAUACUGGCGGAUUUGGAUCUUCGUUCGCGUUGGCCCCAAGGGCCAACGUGGAGUCGCGGGUGGCUCAUGAGAGGACGCGUAUGUGUACCUGCCACCGCCGUAGUCCUCAUGUCAAUGUUCGGAGAUAUCAAGUCAGUCUGCCCAACAGCAGUCGACCCGCCGUGUAAGGAUUGCCCACUUCAGGUUAGGGUUGUGUGCCAAAGAUCGGAAUAUAGCGCUAAUGAAUCAAUGAUACCUUAGCCUACUGCUAACGUCUG